CUGUUUAUAUGCCGCAUCUGCUGCUGUAAUUCUAUAUUCCGAAGUGACUUUCAAUUCAUUGAUUUUGCGCAUUACUUCUCGCCAGGACCGUGGAUACCAGAUGUGGAAAUUCAAUUCCUGCGGUGAUUGAAGAGAGGGAUUGAUUACGACCUUACUUUCUCCAAGCAGGCAUCUGGCAAACGAUCCAAAUCUGAAUCAUCGCAUCUUCAUGAAUACACAACCCCCACCAUGAUCUCCACCAAACCCCUCGACACCCUCCGAAAAGACAGCAUGCUCGACCUCACCCCACCCUCCCUCCCCCUCUCCCACCAAGACCCAAAAUCGACUCACAGCACCACAACCCUCGGAAACGGCCGUGACGGCCUCCGCGCCUUACCCCCUACGAUGAAAACCCCCUCUUCCCGAAUGCUCAAAGCGCUGCUCGAACGCAAAUGCCUGACUCACAUCGACGCGAUCAAUUCCCGAGAUUUUUUCGACGAAGCGGGUGGUAUCUGGCUUGAUAAAGCGGAAAACUGGAAGGCGGAGAUUUCGUUUCUUUCGUCGAGGUCGAUGGGGGUGGAGGAGUAUGUGGAGGUUUGGAAGAAGAUGACGAGGCUUUAUCCGGAGAUGAGGGUGAGCUGUGUGGAGAUGAGGACAGAGGUUAAAGGGGUGGGGACGGCGGAGUUGAGGUUUGGGGUGGAGGUUAUGGGUAUGCCGGUUGGUGUUGUGAGGAGGAGUGUUUGUUUGGCGAGUUUUGAGGUUGUUGAGGGGAGGUGGUUGGCUACGAGGUUUAGGAGUUUGGAUGGGUGAGGGGUGGGGUGGAGGGGAGGUGGGGGGGGGGGGAUUCAACAUCUGUUAUCG